AUGUCUGUAUUUUUAUUCUUUGACCAAUGUGAGAGCGUUGAUCGCGUAUUGCCUGCCAACCGCACGGCGCGCUUUGGAGCGCCCCGCAGCCCCCACCGGGCACCGGCCGGCGAGACGAGAGUCGAGCGGCGACAACAAAAUUAUUUUCAACGGAGCGUUAUUUAUAAAAUAGGUGUGCUUUUCAAAAUGGGCUGUCUAAGAAUCUUACGAGUCGGUAAGCCCAUACCUCAGUCAUGGCAGAGAAGGUUAUUUAGUUCAUCAUCUACACCUCCUAAAGUUGAAGGAGUUCCGUAUACAAAACUUAGCAUUGGUGUUCCUAAAGAAAUAUGGGAAAAUGAAAGAAGAGUCGCAGUUGUACCAGCUGUUGUCAAUAAGUUAGUUAAAAAAGGUUUUACUGUAAAUCUAGAAGAGAAUGCUGGAGUUUUAGCAAAUUUCCCUAACAAAACAUUUGAAGAGGCAGGUGCAAAGGUUACAAAUCUAAAAGAUGCUUAUCAAUCAGAUAUAAUUUUAAAAGUUCGUCCAGUAACAAAUAGUGAGGUCAGAAAUCUAAGGGAUGAAGGAACGCUAAUAUCAUUUUUAUAUCCUGCACAAAACCAAGAUUUAAUCAAAGAGUUGGCAGCUAAGAGGAUUAAUGCUUUUGCAAUGGACUGUAUUCCACGGAUAAGUCGAGCCCAAGUAUUUGAUGCCUUGAGCUCAAUGGCUAACACGGCUGGGUACAGAGCGGUUAUAGAGGCAGCAGCUCAUUUUCCAAGAUUUUUCUCAGGUCAAAUGACAGCAGCAGGACGAGUGCCCCCGUGUCGGGUGUUGGUCGUCGGUGGAGGCGUGGCUGGCUUAGCAGCGGCUGCACAAGCUCGCUGCAUGGGUGCUGCUGUCAGAGCUUUCGACACGCGCCCCGCAGUACGGGAACAGAUAGAAAGUCUUGGAGCACAAUUCAUUACUAUGGAUAUUAAGGAGGAAGGCGCUGGCGAAGGUGGAUAUGCGAAAGAGAUGAGCGAGGAGUUUUUGAGAGCGGAACGGGCGCUGCUGGGCAAGGAAGCGAGGACGUCCGAUGUUGUUAUUAGUACUGCAUUAAUCCCAGGAAAACCUGCACCUAUUCUCAUAUUAGAGGAUGCAGUCCGCGACAUGGCUCCCGGCAGUGUUAUAGUCGACCUAGCAGCUGAAAUGGGAGGAAACGUAGAAACAACGAAAAAAGGAGAGAUCGUUAAAGUCCAUGACGUUACACACGUCGGUCUGACGGACUUGCCUAGUCGUAUGCCCGCGCACGCUUCCACUUUAUACGCCAACAACAUAUCGGCGUUCUUAUUCAGUUUAGGAACGAAUGAUCAUUUCAAUAUCGACCUAGAAGAUGAAGUGACUCGAGGAGCGAUAGUACUUAAAUCGGGCGAGUUGCUCUGGCCAGCGCCACCGCCGCCAAGCAUGGCGCCUGCGCAGGCUGCAGUAAAACCCACUGCAAUGGCUAAACCAGACCCACCCAAUCCCUUUAACGAAACAUUGAAAGAUGCCUUUAUGUAUUCCACAGGAAUGGCUAGCUUGAUCGGUUUGGGUAUCGCAUCGCCGAAUCCAGCAUUCACCACGAUGACUACAACUUUAGCACUAUCAGGUGUGGUCGGCUAUCACACUGUAUGGGGCGUUGUUCCCGCUCUCCACUCCCCCCUUAUGUCCGUCACUAAUGCUGUGUCGGGAAUCACCGCUGUUGGAGGUCUCCUGCUUAUGGGGGGAGGUUAUGUCCCUGAGACACCUGUGCAGUGGCUCGCAAGCACUGCGGCUCUGAUCUCAUUCGUCAACGUCUUUGGUGGCUUCUUGGUCACCCAGAGAAUGUUGGACAUGUUCAAAAGGCCUGGAGACCCACCAGAAUAUGGUUAUUUGUAUGGAAUUCCUGCGACUGCCUUGCUCGCUGGUUACAUUGCUACUGCCAUGCAGGGAUACCCUGAGGUACACCAAAUGGCCUAUCUAGCGUCUUCCCUAUGCUGCGUUGGCGCCCUUGCAGGUCUGAGUUCACAAACUACAGCCAGAAAGGGAAACUACCUCGGAAUGAUUGGAGUGGCUGGUGGGAUAGCUGCCACCCUGGGUGCUUUAACACCUAGUGCGGAGGUCCUGGCGCAAAUGCUGGGAGUGGCGGGUAUAGGUGGUGCUCUAGGAAGUGUGAUUGCCAAGAAAAUUGAAAUAACCGAUCUACCGCAACUGGUGGCUGGCUUCCACAGUCUGGUGGGUAUGGCAGCCGUACUUACGUGCAUAGCAACCUACAUGCACGAUUUCCCAGCGAUGGCCUUGGAUCCGACAGCCGCUACCUUGAAGACUUCACUAUUCCUUGGUACAUACAUCGGAGGGAUUACAUUCACGGGAUCGUUAGUAGCAUACGGAAAACUGCAAGGUUCUCUAUCAUCUGCGCCCUUAAUGCUGCCGGGGCGCCAUGCCAUCAACGCGGGUCUUCUGGCCGGGUCAUUGGGUUGUGGUGGUGCAUUGAUCGCUAUGCCAGAUGCCCCAGGUCUCCCCCUACUAUCUGCUGCCGCAGUACUUAGUGGUAUACAGGGACUUACCCUCACUGCUGCAAUAGGAGGUGCUGACAUGCCUGUCGUGAUAACGGUUCUUAACAGCUACUCAGGAUGGGCCCUAUGCGCUGAAGGGUUCAUGCUCAAUAACUCCCUCAUGACCAUCGUAGGGGCACUCAUUGGUAGUUCUGGAGCUAUCCUUUCUUACAUCAUGUGUAAGGCUAUGAACCGAUCUCUUCCAAACGUAAUUUUGGGAGGCUACGGCAUCACAACGGGUGGAUCAGCGAAGCCCGCUGGCGCUACCCACACCGAGAUGAAUGUAGAUACUGUUGCCGACCUGAUACAUCGGGCUUCGAACAUUAUUAUUACACCGGGUUAUGGUCUAUGUGUGGCGAAAGCUCAGUACCCAAUUGCUGAGCUUGUGAGCAUUCUCAAAAAUAUUGGCAAGAAAGUGCGUUUUGCCAUCCAUCCAGUAGCAGGACGCAUGCCAGGUCAACUGAAUGUGUUACUUGCCGAAGCAGGAGUUCCGUAUGACGACGUUCUCGAAAUGGAAGAGAUUAACGAUGAGUUCCCUGAGACAGAUCUCGUUCUCGUUAUUGGAGCGAAUGAUACAGUGAAUAGUGCCGCUGAGGAUGAUCCCAACUCGCCCAUCGCAGGCAUGCCAGUACUUAAAGUGUGGAAGGCGGAUCAGGUGGUAGUCAUGAAAAGGUCAAUGGGAGUCGGUUAUGCUGCUGUAGACAAUCCCAUAUUCUAUAAUCCGAACACGGCCAUGUUGCUUGGCGACGCCAAGAAAACCUGUGACGCAUUACUUGACAAAAUAAAGCAUCUCACUGCUUAA